CCCCACAUUCACUUCGGCAAAGCACUUUUGGAUGCUUUUGCUGCCAUGGAGCUGUUGACAGUAGACACCGUUUGUGACUAUGUGGCCUCGCAACUGGGAAGUCAUCCUGAGGCGCCAUUGGACUGCAGCAAGUUACAAGCGCAAGAGGUCACAGGUGGCAACCUCAACUACGCCUUUGCCGUGCGUGACGCCAAGGGCCAUGCGGUCUUUGUGAAGCAAGCCCCUGACUUCAUCAAGGUCAUUGGGCCUGCAGCACAGCUGACGCGUGAGCGGAUGCGCUUAGAGGUGCAGGUCUACCAGGAGUGGGUCGACAAAGGUGCUGAAAUGUCAAGAUACAUUCCGAGAAUUUGGAAGUUUGAUGAGGAAGCCAUGGCAUUCAUUAUGGAGUUCCUUGGCUCCUCUCAGCUUCUACAACAGAGCCUUUUCCAGGGUGAGGCACAGGAGACGCUGGCCAAGAGCCUUGGAGAAUGCAUGGCGAUAAUGCACUCGAGGACGCAUUGCAGCAAGCUGGAUGCCGGCGGGCGUGCUCGUUUGGCUGCGAGCUAUGAGAACCGCCUUCUUCGAGACAUCCAAUUGGAGUAUGUUUUUUCCAAGUGCUACAGAGAAGAUCCCCGCGCGGCUAUGCUACGGGAGGAUUCUGGCUUCAUGACAGAGGUGGAGAAUCUGAAGGCCAUCUACAACGGCCAAAACCAAGAGAACCUGUCCCUUUGCCACGGCGAUUUGCACGCAGGCAGCGUCAUGGUUGAUGGUGCCGCCUCAAGUGUAAAGAUCAUCGACCCAGAAUUUGCGGUUUUUGGGCCUCCCGGAUUGGAUGUGGGAUCGCUCCUGUCCACCUACGUUUUGGCAUAUUGCUUUCACAGUGCCCAAAAGCACAGCUGCUGCAGUCAGAUUUUGUUUGCGGCGCAACAGAUCUGGGAAGCAUAUGUGGAGGCCAUGAAGGCUGCUGGUAUUUCCUCAGAUUUGCUGGGGACCAUCGAAGUGGAGACCUUGGGAUUUAUCGGCUGUGAAGUUGCACGGACCGCCUUGGGCUUGGCCUUUGCGCGAUCCUUACGGAUUGAGGACACCGAGCUCAAGGCCCGGGCGGAGGCGCGCGCCCUAGAACUGGGCGCCACUUGCAUCCGUCGGCGAUCUGAAGGGAUGGCAGCCUUGAGAGCAGCGAUCCUUGAGUUUGAUGCGAAAGAGUAAGCGGAGUUUGAGCAGAAAAGCUGCAGUUUGUUUGACGUGUGUUUUUGUACCCUUGGUCGGUUGAGCUAGUCUACAUUGCCAUGAUUCCAAAACUCUUUGUGACAAUAUGGAGAAAUAUAGAAAUAGGGAGAGGCAGGCCGGCAGGUAGAAUUGAACGCGUAGGUGUUAUCCUGAGAUAAAACUAGACACCUGCUGUGACAUUCCAGUGGCCUU